GGUGGUUUCCGGCAGAGCACAAAAGCAGAGAAGCACAAUAUUAAAGCGAAAUCCAUGGAGGGUGAUUCUUCACUAAUACCAAUGGAAGUAUUCUGGGAGAUCUUGAUGUGGCUCCCUGUCAAAUCCCUGAUGCGAUUCAAGUGUGUCUGCAAGCUCUGGCUAUCCGUGAUUCUGAACCCAUCAUUUGCCAGGGCUUAUCGAGGCGGUUUCAAAGGUCUUCUGCUUACCAACAUUCGCUACCUUUCGCAGUACUCGGAUGUUGAUGUUGAUUUCUUCUACUUGAACUUACUGGAGGGUGAAGGUAUGUUAACCAACAUGUUUCAUCAAUAUACUCUGCAUCGUGGAGGAAAAAAGAGGUUCACAGGGGUUGUGAAUGGGCUGGUAUGUUACUAUUGCGGAAAGUAUUCAUGGAUAUAUAAUAUUGCUACCAGAGAAAGUAUGCAACUUCCGGACUCAACCCAUGAUUCCAUCGCUUGGUUUUACCAUCUUGGUUUUGAUCCCUCCAAGCAAACUUACAAGUUAAUCAAAACAUGCUACGACCGGAGGGAGUUGGAAAAAUUUCAGAAAGAUGGGAGGGAUGUCUUCCCUAGUAGGAUAAAGAGUGAGAUUUUCACUAUAGGUGUUGAUUCAUCAUGGAGAAGCAUCGAUCACGCGCCUUGGGUGGUGUACAACACUGGUUUGUGCAUAGAUGGAGUUCUAUAUUGGACUGAUCCAGAAAUAUGCUCCAGAGGCCAACUCCUUUGUUUUGAUCUUGCUCGUGAGGAAUUCCGGUUUGUUUUUCACCCUCAGGAAAGCUUGGUACACCGGUUGCGUUUGUUGUGGUUUGGGCCAAAUGUAGCUCUAUCAGCCUCCAAAAUCCUUCCUGAUUCUAAUCAGGCAACAGUGCUAUAUCUUCACAAUGAUGGUACCGCCAGUCAAGAUGGUGGGAUGCAGGAUUCUUGGAAAGAGCAUAUUGUUUAUCUCCCACAAGUGUUAAAACCAGGAGAACCAGAACAGUAUGCUUUAUACACCCCCAUGGGUAUACUCCCCGGCGGAGAGGUGAUUUUUAUGAAUAGAAUCAAAAUCAAUUGGGAGUUUCCGGCAGUGCUAUAUUUAUACGAUCCAACCAAGCGGGAGGUCAAGAAGCGUUAUAUGUGGAGUUGCCCAUCCUCGAUUGCACAACAACACAAAGUUGAUAUUAGUGACUAUGUGUAUCUCUGGCAUUAUGAGGAGAAUAUCAUGCCAUUAAACUGUCUGGGUUCUCAGUCGCGAUCCACCUCUGAAUGAUUGGUUAGGCAAUGCGCUGCUGGUGGUUUCUUAUUUGAGGCAUUAAUAUAUUGCUCUGUAGUUCAGAUUGGAUGUUGUAGUUGAAGAGUGGAAUAAAAGGGAAUGGGUUAUCCCUAUCUAGUUAGUUAAGGGAAGCUGAAGUGCCCAUAAAAAUAUUAAGUCUAGCUCUUAGUGUAAGGUGAUCAAUUUAAGCUCAUGGAUCAAAUCAUGUACUAGUUUGUUGUGUGUUCUUCAUUGUUAACCUCUUAUAAUAAUCUGGGCUUACAAAUAAGAUUGAAUGCUUAUGAAAUAG